UCGCCAUUAAGGCUAUAGAGAGCCGCUGCCUGGAUAUUACCUUUGCGUAUGCUGUGUAAGUUACUCUUAAACAUUGAGUUGAAGGCUUAACAAUCAUUAAGACCUGUAGGGAGUUGGCUGGGAGUUUUCCUGUAUUAACUCUUUGAUUUUAUUUCCCAGUGUUCUCCGAGAGCAACGCAUCCUGCAGCUGGCGAAGAUAGAAAAUUGCCCCUUCCUGACUACACUAUUUGCCUCCUUCAGAACAGAACAUUAUAUCUGCCUUGCCAUGGAUUUUGCUGAAGGAGGAGACUUGUUAUCCCUAUUAGGGGACCAUGCAAUAUCCCAGGAGAGAGCUGUAUUCUACUCAGCCUGUAUGGUCCUUGGGCUGAAGUUCUUGCACGAUCGCAACAUCGCCCAUAGGGAUAUAAAACUAGAGAAUGUCCUACUGGAUAGAGACGGAUAUGCCAAACUUACUGACUUUGGCAUCAGCAAGGAAGGUAAGAUCCAUAGAUAUAAUUACUGAGCAGCCAUUGAGUCAGGGACUGAUGUGACUGACAAUCUCUGUCGGCUCUAUAGGAAUAAAGACAAAUAAUAACUGCACGGAUAGAAUCUCACUUACUCUUCUCUUUCUGCUUCAGGAAUUGGAUUUUCGGACAUUACCAAAACCCAAUGCGGAACUGCAUUUUAUAUGGCCCCAGAAAUCU